UCGCAACUCAUUCAACGAUAUACGCUCGAAACAAUUAGUUCAAACCAAUCGCGUCCCGAUAACACACGUGCUGUGAAGUGAUCAAAAUGUUCAAUAAAAGUAUGUCUCUCAUGGUGCAGACCAUAUUGGUCUUGAUGGAGAAGCAGAAUUCCACUGGAGUUCAGAUUAGUGUUAAUGAUGAUAUGGACUUGGAGCGAUGCUACGAGUCGUUCGGGUGCUUUUCGAAGGCGUAUCCUUGGACGGAACAUCGGCCUGACAACUACUUCCCCGAGUCUCCUCAGUCCAUGCGAAUAAGAUAUCCAGUAUUUACAAGACGUAACAGGAAGAUACCAGUGUUAUUAGAAGCUGACAAUGUAGAAAAAGUACGCAACUCGAAUCUGGACCCUAAAGGGCCUUUCUAUCUGAUCUCCCACGGGUUUUUGGAAGGCGGGGAUAAAAAAUGGAUCCAAAACAUGGCGGAAGCCUUACUGAACCUAGAAGGCAACGAUGCGGCAUCAGUGCUCGUGGUAGAUUGGCGCGGAGGCUCCCAGCCGCCUUACGGACAAGCUGUCGCCAACAUCAGGCUUAUCGGCGCCAUGACAGCUCAUCUCGUCAAAGACAUUAAGGAAGUGUUAGGGCUGCAGAAUUUGGACAACUUCCACUUCAUCGGACAUUCUCUAGGCGCGCAUUUGGGAGGUUAUUGCGGGCACGCAUUACAAAAGAAAUUCAACUUGAAACUGGGAAGAAUAACAGGCCUGGAUCCCGCUGCGCCGUACUUUAGUAAGACCGUGACGCUGGUGCGGCUAGACCGGUCGGACGCGAAGUACGUCGACAUCAUACACAGUAACGCCAUGCCGUUGUAUUAUGCAGGUCUGGGUAUGUCCGAGGCCAUAGGCCACGUGGACUUCUACCCGAACGGCGGGGUCAUCCAGCCGGGCUGCAAGAAGGUCGACAACCACGUGACCACGCUCAACGACGACAUGUACAAGUGGAUGGUGAAGUCCGUGGGCUGCAACCACGAGAGGAGCUACGAGUUCUUCACUGAGAGCAUCUCGCCGUCUUGCCCGUUCAUGUUCAUACAGUGCGAGUCUUAUGAGGCAUUCCUGGCCGGCAACUGUACUUCAUGCAGUCAAACACAGCUCUGUAUCCCGAUGGGAUACCACUCGUACAAGGCGUACAAGGAACUGCUGGACCGAGGCCUCGUAGACACCAUUUCGAACGUCGCGCUGUACGGAAAAACUGGAAGCAAAAAACCAUACUGCAGAGUGCAUUACGAAGUGGUGCUGAAGGUGUCCAACUCGACGGCCAGCAGGACGCACGGGCCCGAUGUGGGAAGAGUGCAGAUCACUCUCAUAGACAGAAACAACAACAAGAGCAAUCACAAGUUCUUGGACGAGGAACAGAAAUACUACAAACCCGGCGACAUAGACAAGCAGAUGGUGGCGGUGAGGGACACAGGUCUGCCGCCGCUGUCAGUCAUGGUGGAGUGGAAGUAUGAGACCAACCUGUUCAACCCCAUCACGUGGCGACUGCUCAAAUCACCCAGCGUCUAUGUCGAGUACCUCAAACUGUCUUCCAUUGAGUACAAUACUGAUAUCACCGUGUGUCCAAAAAUGAAUAAACCAGUGGUUGCAAACCUACCUUCUGUGAUGAAAACUAAAUAUUGUAGAUUUUAAGCUGCCACACAGCUUUAAAUAUUAUAAUUAAAGAUCUCACUCAUAA